GGUGCAUCGCCAGUUGUCGCUAGCGCGCGUGGAUAUCGGAACUGGUACACGUACCAUAGUACCACUAAACUAAUGGCAGGUCUGUUUCCCAGCUCUGUGAUCGUAUACUUUCUCAGUCACAGUUCAAUCGUCAUACAGGUUGUUGGUUCUUGAUUCAGUUAUCUCUCAGGUCAUCAGUGGAAUCUACCAUACCCUGUAUGUACGGUACAUUGCUACAUGUAGACGGUGCUUACUGCAAGACGUUAAUGGGAUGCUGCACGUACAUGUACUGCUGAUACCUGCAUGUGAACUGGUAUAUGCGUACAUACACAUUAUGUGUGUUAAGUAAAGACAUCCCUCCCCCAAACUGGUGAAGAAUGGAUUGUUGUGAAAACUGACCUGUGUAUGUACAUGUAUAUGUUUGAGUGGAACUGGAAAAUCAUGGAAUCAUUUUUGGCUUCGUUGAAGCCACUUAGAGAUAUCCUCUUCUUGCUUGCUGUUAUGAGAGUUUGCUUUGGGGAGCAGUUAGAUCCUCGGAGGAUGGACAUGAUACGUCGUCAUAGUGACCUGUUAGAGGAAGAUGAAAAUGAGCCGGACCCAAACUUCUUUUAUCUGGAUGUGUUCAUGCCAGGUGUUCUUCCACAAAACUCUGAGCAAUAUGUAUGUACCUCCGUGCUUGUUCCAAGGCAAGAUUCUUACAUUGUUGGAUUUGAGCCACAUGCAAAUAUGAACACAGCCCACCAUAUGCUCCUUUAUGGUUGUGGUGAUGUGCAAGUUUCUCCGGGGUUGUCAUAUGACUGUGUUCGUAUGGGUUCGUGCAGGGGAAAAGGUAACAUACUGUUUGCCUGGGCAAGGAAUGCAUCACAGCCAACAAUUCCAACAGGUGUUGGUUUUCAUAUCGGGGGGAGCAGCGGAAUCAAAUAUCUUACCCUCCAAAUACAUUACGGUGACAUCACGCAUCUCAAGGACAGGGACUACUCAGGAUUAUCUGCAUAUGUGACGCUCAAUCCGCAGCCGUAUGCUGGAGGUGUCUACUUACUGGGAUCAGGGUACAUGUCUAUUCCGCCUCAAGCAACAAAUUUCCAUGCUGACAUUGCGUGCAUCUAUUCUGAUCUUGUUCCCAUCUACCCAUUUGCAUUCCGGACACAUGCCCAUGAACUGAGUUCGGUCAUUACUGGAUAUCGCAUACGCCAAAGUGAAUGGACCCUACUCGGCAAGGGUAACCCCAAAUGGGCUCAGGCUUUCUAUCCUAUGGAUCAUGUCUAUGAAAUCAGAAGUGGUGAUAUCCUGGCAGCACGGUGUACUUAUAACUCCCAGUCAAGGCAAACCAUUACGCAUGCAGGUGGCAGCUCCCAUGAUGAAAUGUGUAACUUCUACAUGAUGUACUACACAGAUGCUUUGGAGGGUGAAACUUACAAAACAUGUUGGGAUGAAGGUAAUCCGCAACUCUUCCAGAACAUACCACCAGGUGCAGACAUCCCUCCCAAAAACCCACCCAGCAUGAGUACAGGUACACGCAAGAUGGAACCUGGCCACAAUGAUCCUAGUCCUGACUUUUAUGAAUACAACAUUGGAAAUGGAAACUACAAGCCUGAUUUUUAUGGUGCCAACAUCAAUGAUAACGACCACAACUUUGAAAAAUAUGGUGGCCAACAAAUCCAUGCUGCUGAGGAGAAUGUUGAUCAAACAACAUCUAGACCUGUCAUUGGGAAGACAUCAGGACAGGAAUUUGGAGCAACUAAAAAAGUACAGACUGAUGGAAAUGACAAAAAUAAUGCAAAAGAUAACAAGAAGGAAUCAUCAGAAGAUCUGACUAUUGUUGAAGGGUGGCCAACAGAUAAUGGCUUGACCUUGGGUCAGGUUGCAGGGGUUGCUGUGGACUCGGAUGGAGAUGUGCAUAUAUUUCAAAGAGCAGACAGGAUUUGGGGAGUUCGGACUUUUAGUGCAGACAACCGUUUCUUGAAUGCAGAUAAGGGACGCAUCAAAAAUAGUACAGUGUUGGUGUUUGACAAGGCAACUGGAAAGAUAAAACACCAGUGGGGAGAAAACCUGUUUUUCAUGCCACAUGGACUAUCUAUUGACAGUGAAGGGAACAUGUGGCUUACAGAUGUUGCACUCCACCAGGUAUUCAAGUUCCCUCCUGGGGGUGGAGACAAGCCCUUACUGUCUUUAGGAACAGAGUUACAGCCAGGCAGUGGCACAGAUCAUUUCUGCAAGCCUACGGAUGUAGCUGUGGAUGUAAUGACUGGAGAUAUCUUUGUAGCCGAUGGCUAUUGUAACAGUAGGAUUGUGAAAUUCUCCGCUGGAGGGGAUUACAUUUUGGAAUGGGGGAAGGCAUCAUCCUAUGUUGGCAGAGAACUUUCCAUUGACCCGGAGCCAAGCACCUUCUCCAUACCUCACAGCCUGACAUUUGUCCCAAGCAGGCAGCAACUUUGUGUUGCUGAUCGGGAAAAUGGACGGAUACAAUGCUUUGAGGCUGACUCUGGAAAAUAUGUUCGAGAGUAUAACUUACCAGAAUUUGGUCAACGGUUAUUUGCCAUUAGCUACAGUCCCUGGAAAGGAGGUGUACUCUAUGCAAUAAAUGGUAAAGUUUCAUCCACAAAAGGCGCAACGAAUCAGAUGGUUCAGGGAUUCACCAUCGGGUUUGACAGUGGAGUGUUGCUUCAUAUGUGGAUGCCUGGAAAUUCAGGAUUUAAGCAACCACAUGAUGUGGCAGCAGCACCAGAUUCCAGAGAUGUGUAUGUGGUUGAAAUUGGACCGAACAGGGUGUGGAAAUUUCAAAGAGACCUUGGAUUAGAUGAAACAGCCUACAGCCAAGUUGAAGACAAGAGACAACCACACAUAAAUGAUGCCCCCAAGCAGACACGUAAUUCUUCUUUGAAUGCCAGCAUUACCACUACAGCCAUAAUUGUGGCUGUAUUGGCUGUUCCUAUUUUCCUCAUGCUUCUGGUAGCAGUUUCUGUCCGCCUGCGAGCUCAAGGCCGCAUGCGUUUCUUCCAGGGUGAAGCAGGCACUGCCAUCCGUUCAAGUUAUAAGGCCACUAGCGAUAACAAGUUCAGCUUGGGAAACUUCUUUAACAGAAGGAAAGGCUUUAAUCAGGUCGACACAGAGGAAUCAGAUCCCGAAGGUGGUAUGGGCUGGAGUGAUGACUCAGAUGUGGAGGAGUAUAGCAUUCUGAACUCAAAGAGAACACAAAAUUUGUGAAAAUAAAAGCAGUAAGUAAUUUGGAAUUAUGUGCAUUUCCCUAUACAAAUUUAACUUGCUGGUGUUCACACCAGUGUUGUAGCCGAGACCACUUGAGACUUUCACAAAAGCACGUGAGUCCAACGCAAGACCCGCCGUCUGAAUUCAAGUCACAAGCUAUUGAAACUGCGCCAUGAGUUUCAGUUUUUGGCAGAUACCGGCGCAUUAUAAGUGCUAUUUAAAUGAACUGCAACAAAAGCAUUCCCUUGUCAUUGUUCACCCUGUUACGUGUGAUGGUCUCAACUACAACACUAGUUCACCCAUUAAAGUAAAACUUCUAUUAUGGCCCCUGACAGAGGAGUAGUGAGGUAUAAUGUAUUGUUACAUGAAAUAUCAAACCCCUGCUGCAUCAUUGAUGUGUAGAAUUUUUCUACACAUUUGUAGAUCUCCCAGUGUGCCCGAUCAGGCAUGUCCUCAGAUUGCAUAUUAAGAUACAAACAAACUCCUACUAAACUGCUAACAGUAAUGACCAUUAAGGUCGGGGGGGGGUGUACUUGUGUGCCACUGGAGAGAUCAGCACAAUGGAAAACUGACCACAUUGCCCCAACUUGCGCAGUUAUCUGGUGCAUUCUUCCUCGGAUGAGAGAGGCCAUCAUACUGACUAAGCAUAUCUUUAUUCCCCUAUUAAAAGGUGAUAAUGGUUGUAAACUGGUCCAUUGUGGUUUUUAAAUUUCUUGUUCCCCCGAAGAGUAGUGAAUAUAGAUAAGUGUGACAUUUGAUUGGCACCCUGUAAUAGGCCUUUGCACUGAUAACGUAUCACUAUGUUUACCCCAGUGUAUGAUUGGAUAGAAUGGGAGGCGGCAAAGUGCACAUACAAGUUACAUUUGAUCACAAGUGACAGCCACUAUCUUAAUGUUUCCAGUUGUUGAGGGAAGUUCCCAGGAAGAUUCAAAAUCAUGGUAACAUAAAACAACUGCCUUUUUGAUAAUCAUACUCAAACAAUUGUUUAUGAUAGCGGUGCAUACAUGACCCUCUGACAGUGUGUACAGCAAUGCAUUCCCACUAAUGCACUGUUAUACAUCAUCAGUACAUAGGUCCACUCUUUUUAUGCAUUUUUUGUCGCCAUACCAUGACAUAAUUCUGGUUUGUUGUGGCAGUACUUUUUUUGUGAAUCAGCUUACUUUUCUCAUACAUUGCAGAAGAAGCUUUAUAUGUAUGAUCAAGUACUAGCUUUCAAGAAAGCUGUUUUAAAGUUAUGUGUUCAGUCAGCUCUCUGUUUAACUCUGUGUAUUGGUACAGCAUGAACAUGGCUUGUUAAUAUAAAGUAAUGAGUUCAGGUAGUCUAAAUUUGUCUAAAUAAUCCACACUUGUAAAACAGUGGUAGACUCUUUCUUUGAUAGUAUAUAUGUACUAUGAAAACCAAACUUCCUGUGUAUGGUACUAAAUACGUAAUUGUGUUCACACUGUAAUUAAUUGAAUUUGAAAGUAACAUAGAGAUGCAUUUAACAGGGAAAAAAGUGCUGCAUAUCAACUUUUGAUAUCCUUUAUUCUCACUAAAGGAAAUGAAGACUUGCCUAUAUAGGGUGUUUCUAUAAAAAAAAAGGGAAAUCCUACUUUAAAGGAUUCAUAUGGCAACAUUAUGUUCACCGGCAAAAAGCAUGGUAUCAUCUUGAUGCUUAUUGUUGUGAUUGGUAGCUUAGGUUACAUUCCAGGGUCAUGUACAAUUGAGUACCAUUACCGUGAAUUUGUGGUGCAAAAUUGCACUUGGUUCACUUUCCUGGUAAAUAAAAUCGACACUGAUAUGUAAUACAAAA